UCUCUAAAAAAAUAUCUGACAAAGACUUACAUACUUAAGAAGUGAUUCAUAUAUUAAAAUAUAUAUUAAUUAUUAGCAAUACUUGAGUUUAGUGUUGAUAUAGUUUUGUGUAAUUUAUUGAUUCAUACAUUCAUUUAUUGAUCACCAAAAUGAGUGACACUAUUGAAGAGGAGAAAAAUAAAACCAAUCGUUUGCCCGGACUUUAUGGUAAUACAGAUCUGAGUUCACGGAUCUCCCAAUUUCAGGGACGGGCGGAUCAGCACAAAGAAAAACAGAAAUUGAAUCCAUUCUCCGGGUCUUUCGAUGCCGUGGCCGCUGCCAAACAAAAGCUCAACAAAGAAGAUGCAAAUUAUGGUAAACCAGUUGAGGGCAGCAAAACUGAACAACGGGGCAAACAGGCCGCACAACUGCUCUUUAAUGAAAUCAAACUUUUGUGUGAAAUAAUUACGAAACAUGGGGUCACUUCUGAUGAUGGAAAACAUACCAUGAAAUUCAAAGAACUCUUUGAACUCUACAAAGUCAUCUCAAACAAAGUGGUCGGACUUCUCCUAAGAGCUCGAAAGUACAGUUUGGUUGACUUCGAGGGAGAAAUGCUUUAUCAGGGAAGGGAUGACAGCGUUGUCAUCACUCUAUUACGCUCUCAACUCAACGAAAAAGACUUCGAAGAAUUGGCUAAAAGUAAAGAGUAAUUCAUUUGUA